AUGCCGCUUGACAUCUGCCCCAAGUCGUACGCCGCCUCGCUUUUCAAGCGGGACACGCUUUCCACCGCAGAAUCGUUCAAAAGCUGGAGCACGUGCAUGGACAACAAGACCUGCAAAAUCGUGGCCAUCGUGGGCAUCUGCGUGGCUGCGUUGUUGGUCAUCUGGAUCUUGGCCACGUUCGUCCAAUGCCUCUGUAUGGGGGUCUCGUGCCUCAGCGCCUUGUGCUGCUGCUGUUGCCGAGGCGCCCACAAAAACCGCUACGUGGAGCCAGCCCAGCAGCCCUACGAAAACAGAAACAUGUACCCCCGCCAGCCGCCCAUGAUGCAGAUGGAGCAGACCUACCAGCCCGUCCCGCACUACGGGGGCUAUGAGGAGAACCGCUACAAGAAGGACGACCACGAGUACACGGGGUACAAGCCGCUGCAGUUCUAG